AUUCCUAUUUUUUCUCCUUCUCUUCCUUCACAUAUUCCUCCCAAAAAAUUCUCUUCUUUCAUUCUCUCUCUAAAAGCUCUCAUUCUCUCGCUCUCUCUCUCUCUCUCUUUCUUCACAAGAAAAGUUUUUCUCUCGUGAAUCCAUGUCGGAGGAAAAGGGUCGGCCAUUGCCAAAAUUUGGUGAAUGGGAUGUCAACGAUCCUGCAUCUGCUGAGGGAUUCACUGUGAUCUUUAAUAAGGCAAGGGACGAGAAGAAAACAGGUGGCAAGCCUGAGUCACCGGCAAAGUCUGAUUCUAAUGUUAAGCCUGGAGCUGAUCCUGGCAAAACCCAACCUAAAAAAUGGUUUUGCUGCGUUCAAGCCCCGCCUGCGGAAUCUUGACGACGCCCUACUCGUAUAUGACAUAAGAGCUUCCACAAGUAUAUUGAAGCCCCACCAUAUAUUCCUAAACAAGAUAGGGUCUGUAAGGCUUGAUAAGCCCUUCUGGAUUUUUCUUUGUCGUGUAAAAUUUAUUUCUGGUGGGAGGGAGAAGUAAAGAAGACAAAACACUUACUGUAUCUAUAUUUAUUGAUUUGGUGGGAUGUUAUUAGAAGCUGUGGUAUUUCAUUGUCUUUUGCCA